AUGGGAAAUGGUUCUGUGAAACCCAAGCAUUCCAAGCAUCCAGAUGGCCACUCUGGGAACUCCACGGCCGAGGCCCUGGCCCUGCGGAGCAAGGUGACAGAGCUGGAGAGGGAGGUGAGGCGGAAGGAUGCUGAGAUCCAGGAGCGGGAGUUCCUUCUGAAGGAGCUGCGGGAGCAGCUGUCCAAGCAGACCGUGGCCAUGGCCGAGCUCACCGAGGAGCUGCAGAACAAGUGCAUCCAGCUGAACAAGCUUCAGGAUGUGGUGCACGUGCAGGGAGGCAGCCAGCCGCCGGCCUCUCCAGAGAAGGUGCCCCUAGAGGUCCACCGCAAGGCCUCCGACUUGGUCUCUCUCCACAGCCGCAGAGGAGCAAAGGCUGGGGUUUCUGCGGAGCCCACAACCCGAACCUAUGACCUCAACAAGCCCCCUGAAUUCUCCUUUGAAAAAGCCAGAGUAAGAAAGGACUCCAGUGAGAAGAAGCUCAUUACAGAUGCCCUAAAUAAGAAUCAGUUUCUGAAGAGACUGGACCCCCAGCAGAUCAAAGACAUGGUGGAAUGCAUGUAUGGGAGAAACUACCAGCAGGGAAGUUACAUUAUUAAGCAAGGGGAACCUGGAAACCAUAUCUUUGUGCUGGCAGAGGGCCGCAUAGAGGUGUCCCAAGGGGAGAAGUUGCUGUCCUCGAUCCCCAUGUGGACCACGUUUGGGGAACUUGCCAUUUUAUACAACUGUACAAGGACUGCUUCUGUGAAAGCCAUCACCAAUGUUAAAACGUGGGCACUAGAUCGAGAGGUAUUUCAGAAUAUCAUGAGAAGGACAGCUCAAGCUAGAGACGAGCAGUACAGAAACUUCCUCAGAAGCGUGUCCUUGCUGAAGAAUUUACCUGAGGAUAAAUUAACCAAGAUCAUCGACUGCCUGGAAGUGGAAUACUACGACAGAGGAGAUUACAUUAUUAGAGAAGGGGAGGAAGGAAGUACCUUUUACAUUUUAGCCAAAGGAAAGGUAAAAGUUACACAGAGUACAGAAGGCCACGACCAGCCACAACUGAUAAAAAUAUUACAGAAAGGAGAAUACUUUGGAGAAAAAGCUCUGAUCAGUGAUGAUGUCAGGUCCGCUAACAUUAUUGCGGAAGAAAAUGAUGUUGCGUGCCUGGUUAUAGAUCGAGAAACAUUCAACCAAACAGUGGGGACAUUCGAAGAACUCCAAAAAUACCUUGAAGGGUAUGUGGCAAACCUCAACCGUGAUGAUGAAAAAAGACAUGCUAAGAGGUCCAUGUCUAACAGACAGCUGUCCAGAGCGCUCUCUCUGGAAAUGAUCCAGCUGAAGGAGAAGGUGGCCAGAUUUUCCGCGUCAUCCCCAUUCCAGAACCUUGAGAUUAUUGCAACUCUGGGCGUUGGUGGGUUCGGAAGAGUUGAGCUUGUUAAAGUGAAAAAUGAGAACGUGGCUUUUGCCAUGAAGUGUAUCAGGAAGAGGCACAUCGUUGACACGAAGCAGCAAGAGCAUGUUUACUCAGAGAAGAGGCUCCUGGAAGAGCUGUGCUCCCCGUUCAUCGUGAAGUUAUAUCGUACUUUCAAGGACAAUAAAUAUGUGUACAUGCUUCUGGAGGCCUGCUUAGGUGGGGAGCUAUGGAGUAUAUUAAGGGACAGGGGCAGCUUUAAUGAAUCCACGUCUAAGUUCUGUGUAGCUUGUGUGACAGAAGCAUUUGAUUACCUGCAUCGACUGGGUAUUAUCUACAGAGACCUGAAGCCCGAGAAUUUAAUUCUAGAUGCCGAAGGUUACCUGAAAUUGGUGGACUUUGGAUUUGCAAAGAAAAUAGGAUCUGGACAGAAAACAUGGACAUUCUGUGGGACCCCGGAGUAUGUAGCUCCUGAGGUCAUCCUCAACAAAGGACAUGACUUCAGUGUGGACUUUUGGUCCCUGGGAAUUCUUGUGUAUGAGCUCCUGACUGGCAACCCACCAUUUUCUGGGAUUGACCAAAUGAUGACCUACAAUUUGAUUCUCAAAGGAAUUGAAAAAAUGGAUUUCCCCAGAAAGAUAACAAGAAGACCAGAGGAUUUGAUUCGGAGGCUUUGUAGGCAAAAUCCAACAGAACGGCUAGGAAAUCUGAAGAACGGUAUCAGUGACAUUAAGAAACACAGGUGGCUAAAUGGUUUUAAUUGGGAAGGGCUGAAAGCCCGGAGCCUUCCAUCACCUUUGAAAAGAAAGCUCAGUGGACCCACAGAUCACAGAUACUUUGACAAGUAUCCUCCGGAAAAAGGGAUUCCUCCAGAUGAGCUGUCCGGCUGGGAUAAAGACUUCUGACAGUAGCAAAGAUAAUUAUGAGCUAUGGACUACAGAAGAGGACUGUAUAAAUUUAUAGCCCAACUCUGAUUAUUUCUCUCUUUGGAGUAUUCCAGUAACUUUUGGGAGACCAUUAGGGGAAAGUGAAUGAGCUGUGGGUGGAGGGGGAUUGGACGGAGGUGAUUCUGAAUUAUAAUGUCUCAUUUAGGUGUUGUUAACUAUUCACAUACUCGAUUCUUUGCUUUUCUCAAAUGUUAAUGGCUACCCCAUUCGGCUCCCCACCAUUAGAACUGUUUUUGUUGACGAGGCAUCAUUUACUCUGCCUUCUGUUACUCCAUCCCAGUCAUGCUAGUUUUGAGAUCUGAUUCAGUUCCAAAGGCUUGCCUUUAAGCUGCAACAUCAUGCACUAGAAGGAAGAUUAUUGGUGAAUUUUGGAAGGUUUCCCCAGUUCUCAAAAUGCCAAGUAACCAGUAUGGCAUCUUAAAAUGAUAGCUUGCCAAGAUCUUGUUAGUGGAUAGGGGCUUUUCUUGACUCAUCUUUAUUCAACCUAGAAAUAAACUGAUAUCCUCCUAUCCCUGGACACAUGGAGAAAGUGGUACCAGUUUCUACAAUAAAUGGGUUAAUUAACCCAACCAGGCAAUUAUAUUCUAGUGGGGAACCUAAGGGGAAAAUACUAUUUCAAUCUCCUAUGACUAGUUGUGGUACUUUGAAAAUUUUUCUAAAACCUGGCUAGAGGUGGCUGUUAUGUGUAGUUAAAAAUGGGACUACAAAAAUGUCUUAACUUUCAUAAUAAAUCUUCCCAAAAAAGGACACAUGGAAGAAUAAGUUAUAAUGGUUUUUCUUCUGAUUAAGUGUGCAGCAGAAUGAAUCUAACUGUAAGCUUGCUGACUCUUUGAAACUCUGAGAUAUUUGGCCCAAUUCCAUGAGGGUUGUUAUUAAUAAACCAAAAGAGUAUAGAAGAGCCUUAAUUUUUAAUGAAAAUCCCAUUGGCAAAUGUUGACGUGCUGUAAUCACUGCUGAGUUAGGAAUUCUUUUUAAGGUCAGUUGAGUCCUGAUGGUGUUUAUAAUUUUAGAUUGCUAAGAUAGGCAAGCCACUGGGGAAAUGACAGGAAAUAAAAAAGCCGUCAAAUAUCUGCACUGCUUCGGUUUCCCCCUUGCAAUCUUCCAGAAGAAAGAAUACUGGGUAGCUUCUAUAUCCCUGGAAGCCAGUACCUAAGGAUAUUUUGAGUACAUUUAAAAAAAUGUGUUUACUAUGAUCAUCCCCCCUCUACUUCCCUUCCAAAAUGGAUGAGAAACAGAGUUUUCUUUAUAUAUUUCUUUUCAAAUUUAUAAAGAUUUUUUUUUUAUUUGGGGUGGAGUUGACAUAGAAAAUUAGGAUCCCAUUUAAUAAUUCCUACACACAUUGUUCAGUGGCAUUUGUUACAAUUUCCACAAUGUGCCGGCAUAGUUAUUAAUCCCAUUCUGGGCGUUUCAUGUUCAGUACAGGUGGUUCUCUGUCCGCGUAUGCUUUCCUCUUUGCUUUAGAACAGUUAUUGGCCAUUUGGUUUCAUACAAAUGAUGGUUGGAGAUGCACAGUCUCACUGCUGAUAUCCUUCUUUUGUGAGCCAGCCUGUUAUUUAGCUCAAAGGUGACCUCAGGGGGCGUUGGCUCCAGGUUUAUGGAGUAUCUCAGGGUGAUGGUCUUGGAGAGUCCUCUAGACUCAUCUGGUCCAAUUAAGUCUGGACUUUUUAAGAGUUUCGGUUAUGCUUCAUGGUUUCUCCCUUUCUAUCCUGCCCAUCUCUUUUGGCUCUCCUCAGAAUGGUUGACAGCAGUCUCCGGGCUCCAUCGAGGCUUUCUGGCCUCAGGCCAUAUGAGGUGGCGGUUCCUGCAGACUGCUGAUCCUGGAGGUUCGUUUCCUUCAGUGUCUGUGGCUCUUCUCUUCCUUUUGGCCUGGAGGAGAGACCAUUAAUUAUGUCUUGGGAAUCCCGCAGAGGUCUAGUAACAUCUAAGUUCCUCUGUUUAGUCAAGCUUCUGACUAUACUAUCCUAUGACAAUGUUUCAUGUGGAAAGAAGCAUCCCCUAGGCGCCCCUCAUGUCUUCAGCAUUCAGAGAGGGUCAGCUGAAUGCUUCCUGCAACAUUAGCCAGAGGAGUGAGGCCCCACUCAAGAAGGUGCAUCUUUUUUUUUUUCUUUUUUCUUUUUUUAACAUUUUAUUAGGGGCUCACACAACUG